UUAAGGGCGGGCGGCGCCGCCCUGUGGACGUGGCGGGGCGGCCGCCAUUGCGGCGGCCAUGAGGAGAAGCGGCAGAGAAUGGCCGGCAGAGGCCUGCUGCCGCCGGCCGUAGCGCAGCCGCCCGCCGGCGGUCACCUGUACCCGAUGGAGGGUGAGGGGCCGGAGGAGGAAGGCGAGGGGCCGGAGCUGCGGCCGAGGGGCAGGGAGAAGGUGCGGAGGAGCGCGUCGAGGGACAGGCUGGAUGACAUCGUGCUGCUGGCCAGGGAUAUCCGGGAGGGGGACACGCUGAACGCCAUCGCGCUGCAGUACUGCUGCUCGGUGGCAGACAUCAAGAGAGUUAACAAUCUUAUCAACGAUCAAGAUUUCUUUGCCCUGAGGUCUAUCAAAAUCCCAGUGAAGAAGUUCAGUGUCCUGACUGAAACGCACCUCUCUCCGAAAGGCCGGCCGGUCCUCCGGCCCCCUCAGUGCUCCCCGGCAGCGCAGGAGACAUCCCCACCAGAUAAAUUCUCUGCUAACGAGACUGCUGGCAACUUCCUGAAAGAAGUGGAUCGAGAUAUAGAAGAAAUAGUGAAGUGCAACGAUACGAAGCGGGAGAACCUGAACGAGGUGGUUUCUGCCUUAGCAGCCCAACAGAUCUCCUUCGAAACCGACGGUAAAACUAAAAAAAGCAAGGAUCCUUACUACGGAGCGGAUUGGGGGAUAGGAUGGUGGACAGCUGUAGUCAUCAUGUUGAUUAUUGGCAUAGUGACUCCGGUUUUUUAUCUCCUGUAUUACGAAGUUCUAGUGAAAGCAGAUGUCAGCCACCACUCCACAAUGGAAUCCUCCCGUUUGUUUGUCACAGCGGCGUCGCACCAGAAACAGGUAGAAAACGGGAUCAACCCAGCGAAUAUUAUAAACGUCGAUAAUCAAGGAGAUCUUCAGCCUUAACGACGGGGGGAAACUCAGGCAACUGUUAUCUGUAGACACGUUAACCUGGCAUUAGAGAGAGGGGAAACCACAGAACACACGACGCAUCUGGGACGCAGAGGAGAUGCAGGCUGAUGUGUCACUUGCCUUCACGGGCAGCCUUCCAGCACAGGGAUAUUUCUGUGGAUCACAUAAUCUCUGAAUGUGCCUGAGACAGGCUAUUUUCAAUGCAAGAUUGGGAUAUAAAUUAAGGUAUAAAAUUGUCUCUGAAGCUUUGCACUUUUUUCUAUUUUGAUAGGCGUAUGUUUUUUAAUUAAUGAGUUGAAAGUAUGUAGUUUGAAUUAACACAUGAGGAGUCUGACUGUACGUUUUACAGCCCUAAAAUGGGCAUUUGGGGAUAUCUAACUUUUAAACAUCUUAAAGUAUUUAUAGAAUGCAUAGUACACUUGACAUUUUGGUAUCAGGUUUACAGUUGUCGGUUAAAACUGCGUUCUCCUAAUUUUAUCUUAAGAGUAAGGUUGUAUUUUUUUUAAGCCCAAUCAUUCCAUAAGUAAUUGCCGCUAUGAAGUUCUUCUUUUAAAAGAAGUGACUUUUACAGAGCUGGAAUCUUCAGAUCUUGUGCCUGUGGACAACCCAUUCCUUGGUACUUUCCAGUACAGGCAGCAGGGUGACUGGUUUUCUGUGUAUGUGGUGCUGUGCCUCAGUCCCACUGAGAGUCUUGUUGAGACUUCACACCUUUCUGUGGUAUCCUGCCAAAAACUGACUGGGCUGGAGUGCCCUUCUCUGGCCAGCUGUGUGUAGAAGGUGUGCAGGUGUGGGGCACCUUGCUGUGACAGCUUCACUAGCCUUUAUGCCACUGGAUUUUUCUCCCCCUGCCACUUAAUCUCUGUUUAGGACCAACUGAUCCUUCAGACAGCAGUUGUGUGGGUAGUGACUAGGCUAGUGGGCAUGUGCCCAUGAACCUCAAACACUAACUUUUUCGUGAAGUCUCCUAGAAAACUUCAAAUGAGAGUUAAUGGCUGCUAGCAAGAAACUUAAAAAUUGCAGCAGCAUACACCAGCUACACCUUCAGACUCGGUCUUUAUCUAGUAAGUGUGUUCAUCAGCCACUCUGUUCUUGAACAUUUCACUUCAGGUUUCAUGAACAACCUUGUUUUUUCCCCUCUCUUUUCUUCCCUACCUGAAAAUGCUUCAAGAUAAACAACAACAACAACAACAAAAAAAACCUGGACUUUUCCUACAGAAAGGAGGUGGUAUUUGUGUACUCAGAUAUUUUUAAAUAAAAACUGAGAUGCUGCCUAUA